CUAGGUGACCUCCUGGAACAUCCAUCUCGUAGAAAACGCAGAAAGGAGGGCAAGUAAAAACUUCGACAGACUAAGUUACUGAUUCUAUAAUGGUCGACUUUCAGUUGUCGCAAAAAGUAGAGUGACCCAGUUACGACACACAAGUUAGUGCACAGCCGAAAAUAUCCUAACCAAGACACAUUACCAGAAAGGUAUUAAGGCAGCCCAUAGGGUAACUGUAACAUAGAUGCACACCGAAGGUCAGAUGCAAAAGUAAAAUGUCAUCUUUCUCCUGAAGACCUUUCCGCCUUGUGGAAUUAAAUACUACCCCAUCUGGUUACCACUUCAUCAUUGUACAAUUUCAAAGGAGGUAUAGACCAUGAUACGAAAAUGAAUGGGCUGCGCAACUAAAGGACAGGUCCACGUGUUAAGAACCUAACGAAGAUUUAGCUGCAAAUCUAAGGGUUAAUUAGCGAACUAUAAGAAGUGAUUACGUCUCUACAAAUCAGUCACGAAUAUAUUGGGUAUCCUAUUGUUGUCUAAUGAACCACCUUUUCAAUGCACGUCCUCAGGACAGUAUAAUGAAAAGACGUCGAAAUGUGGAUUAGAAGAUGAAAAGUCCAUAAAAUCGUUUUUGGACAGUGGUUUUUGCACUUCGACUGUGCUCAAUGCAGAUUAAACUUUUGACUUCAUGGGAUAUUGAGAUACUUUGCGACCAAGUUCUUUUUAUGGUCACAGUCACUGUUUCACGGCUAUGUAUUGAGCUGGUAAAGCAAAUUAUUCUCACUGUAUUCCAAGUGGCCGGUUGUCUUCUCCGUUCAAGACCGAUUAUGUUUUCUCUGCAUACUGCAGAGAAUACGGAAACUUUGUGUUUUGUUGAAGCACUUUAGAGAUGUAUUUGGUGACAUUAAUCGUGCAGUGACAGUAAUUGUGGACUAGCAGUCUUGGAUCCAAAGUUGGUACAGGGGACCUUUCCAACUGCGAGAGUUGUAUAGAAUUCCUCAUUGGUUAGGAAUGUUAGGCAGAUAUCACUACUUCGUUCUAAUCACCUCCUUAUUAUCAUUUGAAAAUAUAAGUGCGAGCAGUACCUUCGCUGAAAUGACGUCCGCCCUUUGUGCAAAUAAUUUUGAAUGCGAUUUACCACGGACAAGGAAAUUGGAUGGUGAAAUUUACGAUCAAAAUGUCCGGAAUUGGAAACCGGAAAAAUAAUUUGUUGGUACCUGCAUUCCCACAGGAUGUUGUCACACUAUGUUUCAAAGUAAAUGCACCAACCAUUUACGAGGACAUCACCUCAAGGUGCAAAAACCACGGUCGAAUCGUCUGCGUCUGGAGAUCCGUUUUUCGCAUCGAAUUGUGAACCAUUGGAACUCCCUACCGGAACACGUCGUAUCAGCGCCAUCCGUUGAUUCAUUCAAGGCGAGAUUGGACCUCUUGUGUGCAACAAAUCGAAAGAAUUAACACAGGCAUAUAGCCUACUAUCCUAAAUAAAUUGUAAAAUGUACACUGAAGGCGUAUUGUAGAACUUUACAAACUCAAACAUUUAUUUGCUAAUCUAAGUACAAAAGGUACACUAUAGGCAGUGACAUACAUUGUUUUGUAAGCAGACCAAUGAAUUACGCCUCAAAAACAAACAUGCUGACUUCAUACGUGUAUGUGAUGUUAUUGAAGAACUAAAUGGAACUUUCGCAAUCUGUUCAGAUGAUGGGCAUUCUUACCAUGUCGAUAGGAAUAUUGCAACAUGUAUAUGUCCACUAAAUUCUGGAUCAUUAAUACCUUAUCGUCAUCUAGUUGAAAUACACUCUUCUUUUGGACUACAUACAGGUACACCUUUUAGAUGUCAGCAAUGGCUCAGAUCUCACAACAAAGAUCCACUAUCUACAGUAUUGAAUUUUGGAAUGCAAAACGAUGUCUAAGCUGUGGUAGCGAUUGCAGCUGAAAAGUCAGUAUUCUCCAACUGUUAUUGUUGAAACCAUUACCUGGGUAAAUGAUCUAUUGAAUUCCUUGGGAUUGAAAAGUACAGAUAUGGCUACCAACUGUAUACUAUCCACUCUGUUCCACUUGAAGUUAGUAACAACUAUUGAACAGGAAUUUAGUUGAUAAUUUCUUCGAUGCGUUCCUACCGGCCACAGUUAUAUCCGUUGACAUAAAAACAUUUGAAUUCCUUGCAACACAGUUGGUAUUUAAUACAGUAAAUAGCAACGACGUUGCUCUUGAACAUUCACAACAUUAGUAAUAUGCUGAAUUCAAUGCUAUUUGUGUACAAAGCCAGAUAUCUCAAUAUGAACUUCCAUGUAAGAAUUUAUAUUUCCCACUGUCAAAAUAAAAAAGAAAUGCAAAUCCAUAAAACCCGACUUCUUUGAAAACAACCAUGGUUUUGCCCAUAAGGCUGCAAAUGUCGUACCUAUCCAGCGUCCAAUAAUCCUUAUACU